ACGACUGGAGCUCAAAUUAAGAGAAGGUGCACGUUGAACGUUUGAUGUUACCGUCUUCACAAAGCCAAUGUGCCCCUAACCCAAACACUACAUCGUCCAAACUCCAAUAUUCUCCGCCUUCGAACCAUCACUUACUCGCUAUCCAUCACAGCCGGUCAGAUUCCUGACUGCCCUCACGAUGCCAGCCGACCUUUUGGUGUCCGUACGCCCUCGCCCUCUAGCUGCCCUGAUUCUCUGGUGGCGCCGCCGCUGGCCAGAUUUGCUCGUGCUUGUUGCGCUUGGUGCAAUAUCAUUAUUCAUGGACAGUGUGUCGCCCCCUUUCGAGCGCCGCUUCGUCGUGUAUCAGGACACCCAGCGCACCGUAGUCAACACCGACCUGGCAUACCCAGCGAGGGACUGGAUCCUUUCCUCCGCUGUGGUCGCCUGUCUCGCCCUCUUUCUGCCUCUCGGCGUCUUUACCACCGCACAAUGGUGGUUACGCUCGUUCUGGGACUGGGACGCUGCCGUCAUGGGCCUUCUGCACGCUGUCCUGCUGGCGACACUGUUCCAGGUCGUUCUGAAAGUAUUGAUCGGCGGCUUGAGGCCAAACUUCCUUGACGUGUGUCAGCCGUAUUUCAACGCCUCGAUCACUCCUCCGCAAGGAAACGGGUUUCAGAACAUCAUGUACACGACGAGUAUAUGCACGCAAACAGACAAGAACCUGUUGCGGAUUGCCAUGACGUCCUUCCCCAGCGGACACAGUGCCGCGGGGCUCGCGGCGUCCGUCUACCUGUCUCUCUGGCUGAACGCCAAACUCAAAGUGUGGGCAAAUCGCCGACCCGAGAUCUGGAGAGUUACGGUCACAGCGGUGCCCAUCUUCUUGGCCAGUAUCAACUGCGGCCUCCUUAACGUCGACAGGAUGCACCAUUGGUAUGACAUUGUCGGGGGAGCACUCAUCGGGGUCGCCACGGCUUUCGCGUCGUACAGGGCCGUCUAUGCAGCCGUUUGGGAUUGGCGGUACAAUCAUGUGUAUCUCGAUGGAACGGAUAGUUUUGACUAUGACAAUCGAGAUGCGGACUAUGCGCAUGGGACCCUGACUGAGAAGGGUGGGUGGACAAGGGCAAAGAGGAGAGAGGAUAGCUGAUGGCUGGACUCUGCGAAACUCGAUCGCAGAAUGGGGCCCUACCUAGGAGAUCAGAUAGGUUGUUAUGACCUUUUAUUCGUACUUAUAUUGAUAUGCUCAUACUUGCCCGGCGCAACUGUGAUUCAGUUCAUUUGAAAGCAUGGGCCGCUGCAUGUCGCUCACCGCGGUACAGUCCAGGAAAGUCCCUAAUGGAAGAGCUGGGUCGCUGAGGCUGAAAAGACAGGCUGGAGUAGAG